AUGUGCAGAUAAAUGGUAUUUGAUCCUAACCCUCUUGCAAACUUAAAUAUAUAUUCUGAAUAUUAAUACAGCACAUAUUUGUCUGCUGUAAGCGAAGAUAAUUAAUACGCAUUUGUAACUGCAAGAAAUGGAGGAUUAUUUGUGAUUUCAUUAUAAAACAAGCUUUUACCGACUAUUAUAAAUAGAAUUUUUUCAUCAUAGGCUCAUUGUGUAUUUGUAUAAAAUGGUAUUUUAUAUAUUGGAGAUGUUUAAGAUGGUUUGCACAUUUAUGAUAUUAAAGACAUAAUGAACCCAAUCCUUCUUGCUAAAUGGAAUGCCUAUUCUCAAAUAUAAUCAGUUAUUUUAACUAAAGAUUCAAAAUAUGCUUUUGCACUUGGUAAUGGAAUAGUAUUUCUCUUAGAUGUUACUAAUCCAGGAAACCCAAACUUAAUUUCUAAAAAUGGGGUAGUUGCUCCAGAUUCAUAUAGAGUGAAAUUUAGUCCAGAUGAAACUCACCUUUGUAUAUCUAAUCAUAUUAAAGGAGUUUAAAUUAUUGAUGUAAGAACUAGAUAAAAUAUGAUUAUAAGAGCAAAUACUAAUCCUGCUUUCAUCACUUGGGAUUGCAUAUUUACUCCAGAUUAAUCAUCUAUUUAUCUAGUAGAUGCCUAUUAUGGUUUAUUUUAUGCAUAUGUCAAACCUAUAUUUGAUAUGCCAAUAGGAUCUACAGAUUUAUACACAUUAAGUUUUAAAAGCAUUUAUUCAACUCCUGAGAUUUAAUAAAGUAUUGCAAUAACAUCAGAUGGAUUGUUUUUAAUUUUGGGGCUUAGAAGUGUAGGUUAAGUUUUAUUUUAAAUUUAGAAUAAUAAUUACUAGGACCUAGUAUUUGUUUAAAGAUUGAAUGGUAAUUACCUCUCAAACGAUAUUUAUUUUUCAUAAAAUAACAACGAAGCGUUUGCUUUUGUAACAAAUGGAUUUUCUCUAUUAAUUUUUUAAUAGGUAUAGAUUAAUACUAACAAAGAUUUUCCUAAUUUAUUCAACACAUUUUAAUCAUCUUUAUUGCAAACUUCACCUGAUUAUUUUCCAUGGUAAAUACUCUGCUUAAGCAACGGAAAAUAAAUUAUUCAGACUACCCCUAAACAUGGUUUUAAAAUAAUAGAUAUUUCGAAUAAAUACUACCCAAAUUUGCUAUCUUCGACUCCUGAAAGAAAUGGAUCUUUCGGAGGUAUCUAGAUAGAUGACACUCUAAAUUAUCUUUUUGUAGGAUCGUCAUAAAAUGGACUUGAAGUUUAUGAUAUCUCAAAUUAGGCGAAUCCAUAAUUUUUAAAUAAUUAUUUCCCUUUAGAUCCAAAGAAGUACUAAAAUUAGGGAAUAGGAGUUUCUACAGACAAAAGCAACUAAAUUCUUAUAAUGUCAAAUGGUUUUUACGGAUUUGGUAUUUUUAAUAUUUCAAAUCCUUAAGCAAUAGUAAAUAUAGGAGCCUAUUUAAAUACAAAAUUUUCUUGUAGCUUUGAAAAAUGUGUAAUUACUAGUGAUCUUCAUACAAUUAUUUGUGCUUGUAGAGAAGAAGGGUUACUCUUUUUUGAUUUUAAUAGUUAAAAGAUAGAGUUAGUUUAUUUUUUGCAAAAACUUGGUUCUGAAUAUAUGAUUUUAUCUGAUGAUGAAAGAUAUUCAUUUGUGUGUAAUGGCUUCUAAGGUAUAUUAAUAAUGAAUAUUGAGAAUAAAACGUAACCUGUACUUUUGAGCUAGCAGCCCCUUGAUGGUUGGGCUUAAAGUGUGAUUUCGAUAUUUAACUAAAGUUAUCUCCUUGCUACUUAGAUAGAAAAAGGUGAAUUAGUCAUCAUUAAUAUUGAAGAUUUAGAAAACCCUUACAUUUAAUCUAAGCUGCAAUUUCCAGAUGAAAAUUCAAAUAGCGUUUGUUUGACGCCAGAUCAAAAAAGUGCUUAUUUUAUUGGAAAUAAAGGAUUAAGGCAGAUACCUACUUCUGUGAACUUGAUAAUACACACUUAAUUAUAACUUCAACAAACUGAUAAGAGCGGAAAUAGUUACUUCAAGGAUUUAAGUAUAGGUUAAAGUCUAUUGGUUGGAUAAACUGCCUAAAUAUUUUUUAUACCUCUUUAUAUAUAAGUUCAGGUAAAUAUAAGAAAUGUAUUCUAUUAUAGAAAUUUCUAGAUUCAAACUCUCCCUAAUUGGAUAACAUAUAUUCCUCAAUAUAAUUAACUGCUAAUUUAAGUUGAUAAAUCAGGUACUUUUAAUAAUUUCUCAAAUGAAAAAAAAGGUGAAAAUAUUCUGAUUUUAGAGUGCUUAAUUCAAUUAAACGCAUAAAAUUUUGUCACUUAAAACAUCAAGGCAUCAGUUUCUUAGUAAAUCUUUAGUACUUUAAUAAAUCAAGGAUAUAUAGACAAUUAAGGUUUUUUAACAUCUAAACUUGACCCUAAAAUAGAUUUUUAUUUAGAUUUUUUUGACGAUGGAAGCUUCUCUUAAAGUAAUGUAGGAACUCCAAAGUAGAUUUAGUAGAUCUAGAAUGAUAUUAAAUAGAUUUUAGUAUUUUCUUAAAUUUAGUAUCCUAUUAGGUUUUUUAUUUAAAGCUCCUUAAAAUUCAACUAUAAUUUAAAGAAUUUUAAUGAAACAAGUUUGAUAUAAUCACCUUCUCUCCAAAUUAGUGUGUUGAUAUAAAUUGUUUCAAAAAAUGGAUAGUUUGUUAAAAAAGAACUAGAUGGAGUUCUUGCUUCCUUUUCGGACGAUAAAUCAAGUGUUAAAAUAUCAGGUUAGACUUUUUAUGUGAAUGAAGUAGUAAGUAAUAACAUCUAAAUAGCCAAUAAAACUUCUGAUUUGUCUUAAUGCAUAAUCGACUUUAUUAUAUCUGAUUCUAAUAAUUAUGAUAUUUCUAAAUCAAUACCCCUUUCAUAAUUAUCGUUUAUAAGUAUAUACUAGCCAAUAAUAGUUGAUUAAUCAAAGCUAUUGUAAAAAUAAAUUAAUAAUUAAUUUUCAAAUGGAAAUUUAUAUGUUGAAUAGACAUUUUAAUUUUCAUUCGAUUUGAACACAUUUAUAUAAAAAGACAAUCUUCCUAUCACUCAUUAAGCUUUUUUAGUUGAGUAAGGAGAUAAACAAUCUUAAAUCACAACUGGUUUAUGGAUAGAAUUCGACAGUUAAAAUUUAGGUUUUAGUGGUUAUAGGUCUAUAAAAUCGUUGUUUGAUAGCUAUAAAAUCAUAGUCAUAGCAACAGAUGGAUAUUCUACAGUUCAAGAUGAAUUUUCUAUUUAAUUUAAGUAAAUACCAUUUUUUUAUGUUGUGCAACUUGCUUUUCAAAUCAUAGGCCCUUUACUUGGUAUUUUAGGUAUAUGGAGGUUUAGGGCUGAAAUCUACAGAUUUAUUUUGCAAGAUAAAUACUAAUAUAGCAGUGAUUAAGCAACUGUAGGAAAGGUAUUUAAAAAAUAAAUAGUACUAAUGAAUCAAAUAUGGGGAGAUGCAAAAAGGCUAUGGAAAAUAUAUUUACAAAAAAAUAAAAAAUUUGAAUAAGAGUUAAUUUUAUAGUUUACUAAAAACAAAAAAAUUGACAUUGCAUUAAUAAUUGCUUGCAUUUACCAAAUUUAUUUAGAUGAUAAGGAUAAGUAUCCUUAAAUCAACUAAAGAGAAUUUGAAUUUCUUGACAGUAAGCUGUCAAGAAUCUUCAAGAGAUUUUGUUAUUAAGUUAUUUUGAAGUAAGAUAAAAGUACACAAUAGGCUUUAAAAUUACUAAAGCGAAUUGGAAAAAAAAUAAAUUCAGAUAAUGACUGGUACAAAUCUUUUGUUGAUAUACAAUAUAAAUUUAAAAUAUCAUAAAAUAAAGUAGUCUCUUUAGAUUAAGAUAGCAUUAAAAUUUCUUCUACAGACGACUCACCUAUUCAAUAAUAAAAAAAUGAUGAAAUAAAAAUUUGUUAGAUUGAUACAGAUAUGAAUAAAAUGAAUUUUAAAAUAGAAUAAAAAACUAAUUUUAAUAGCUUUAACUAGAUUUAGGAAACAGAAGAAAAUAAACGAAGAUUAUCAGAAAUUAAAAUCAUCUAAAAUAUAAAUUAAAAAAUUUAAUAGUAAGCUCAUCAAUUAAUGGAUAUGGAGAGCUUCGGGAGCAAGAUAUAAAAUUAAGCAUCGAAUACAGUUUAAACUAGCAAUCAUCAUCUUUAAAUUUCAAGUAUUCAUAGUAAAGUAGAAGAAUAAAGGGAAGAAUAAUAUUAAUAAAAUUUUGAAAAAGAAAAAAGUGAAACAUAAAAUGAUUAUUUAAACCCGUUUCCAGAAAUAAAACUAAAAAAAGAAUUAAUAAUACAAACACUUACAACUUCAAAACCUAAUUUAAAGUGGGAUUAAAUUUUGCUAAAUGAAAUUAUCCUUCUUGAAGCUUGUGGAAUUCCUGAAAAUAACCCAAAUAGAAUAUCUCCAACAAGAGGUGAAAGCAUUUAUUUGUCUUCACAUUAGUUGCUAAGAGUUGAAGCUUUCAAAAAGGACUCUGAAUACUCUUGCUGCUAUUCUCUUGCUAAAUUUUUUAAGGCUCAUUAUAGUCCAAUAGGAUUAAUUUAAAAUAACCCUCUACCUAAAUGGCUUAAUUGCCAAUUGAUAGAUGAUGUAAUUUAUUUAUGGGGAACUCCAUAAGAUAAUGAGGAACCAGAAAUUCUCAUAAGAGUAAUUGACUAAUUUCAUUUUACAAUUAUGAGCUUUUUCAUCUUUAUUAAAGAUUAAGAUGGAGUAUUUUUAAAUGACAAACAAUAAUAAGGAAAUCUAAAUAAAUUUAAAAGAGAAAACAACAAGGCUAUUAGUAUAAGAAUUCUUAAACAAUAAAAAAAAAGUAGCUCUCCUAUACAUAGUACUGAUAAUAAAUACUGUCUUUCAUAAUAGCAACUAAAAAAUACUUCAAGUUUCAGAAGACUCAAUAAAUUUGGUUAAGAUGCUCAAACAGAUUAAAUGAUAAAGAAGGAAAAAAUCCAAAAGAUAAACUCUAUUUGCUUAGAUAAAAUUUAAGAGAUUAUUCCUCAUUAAAGCUAAGAUUAUUCUCAUAUAUUAGAUUUUAAAAAAUAAUUUAUAGAUUCCUCUGCACUUACUUAUAAUAAAAUACCUAAGUCUGUUAAUAUUUAAAUGAAUUAAAAUGAUAUGAAAGAUUCUUUUGUUGAUAUUGAGUUUUAUAAAUAAAAUAUUGAUUAAGAGUCUAUUGUAAACUAAAUUACAUGUAAUCACAUUGAAGAAAAACCAGUAUAAACUUAUUAUUAUUAAAUCUAUUAAUAAUUUUUUAAUCUAAUAUUAAAUAGGAAAAUGAGAGAUAUAAUCAAGUGA